AUGGCAGGAAAUAAGUCUUUUCUUGAAGUUCUUUCCAAUUCUUUAAUUCCUGAGAUUUUCGGACAUAAAGAAAUUAAAAAAGGAUUAUUAAUAUAGUUAGUUGGUGGAAUACAAAAAAAGACUGAAGAAAAUAGCCUUAAUCUUCGUGGAGAUAUACAUAUUUGUAUUGUUGGUGAACCUUCUACAGGCAAAUCUUAAUUUUUGAAAUUUAUUUCCGAAAAUUUCCCAAGAUGUACAUAUACCAACGCAAAAACUUCCACAAAAGCAGGUCUUACGGUUAGUGUUGGUGUCGAUAAAGAUAAUAAAAAUCAUUUCUUGUAAGCUGGAGCACUUCUUUUAGCUGACGGUGGUAUUUGUUGUAUUGAUGAAUUCAAUAAGAUGCGCAAAAAAGAUCUUUCUGGCAUACAUGAAGUGAUGGAAUUAAGUGAUUCUUUCACGAUUUGA